AUGGCCUCCAAGACUUUCGUGCGGACUCUGCGUGCUGCUUCUAAGCAGAAGCUGCCCUCCAGCACCGUCCCAAAGCGCAGCUUCUCGUCGGCUCUUGCCGCAAGACCAGCCGCUGUUGCCCAGUCAAAGGCGUCGUUCGCGCCUGCUCAGCAGACUCGUGGGGUUAAGACUAUCGACUUUGCUGGCACGAAAGAGAAGGUCUUUGAGCGAGCAGAUUGGCCUACCUCAAAACUUCAGGAAUACUUCAAGGACGACACUCUCGCCCUGAUCGGCUAUGGCUCGCAAGGGCACGGUCAAGGCCUGAACCUGCGUGACAACGGCCUCAAUGUCAUCAUUGGAGUCCGCAAGAACGGCGCAUCGUGGAAAGAGGCCGAGCAAGAUGGCUGGAUCCCGGGCAAGAACUUGUUCGAGGUCGACGAAGCUAUCUCGAAAGGCACCAUCAUCAUGAACCUGCUCAGCGACGCAGCUCAGUCAGAGACAUGGCCUGCCAUCAAGCCGCAAUUGACCAAGGGCAAGACCCUCUACUUCUCCCACGGCUUCUCCCCCGUCUUCAAGGAUCUCACCAAGGUCGACGUGCCCUCCGACAUCGAUGUCAUCCUUGUUGCACCCAAGGGUUCCGGCCGUACUGUCCGCAGCUUGUUCCGUGAGGGCCGUGGCAUCAACUCCUCCGUCGCUGUCUUCCAAGACGUGACAGGCAAGGCUGAAGAGAAGGCGGUCGCCCUAGGCGUCGCGGUUGGCUCAGGCUACCUCUACAAAACCACAUUCGAGAAAGAAGUCUUCUCCGACCUCUACGGUGAGCGAGGGUGCCUGAUGGGCGGCAUCCACGGCAUGUUCCUCGCCCAGUACGAGGUCCUCCGUGAGCGCGGUCACUCGCCAUCAGAGGCCUUCAACGAGACCGUCGAGGAGGCUACCCAGUCCCUGUACCCUCUAAUUGGCGCCAACGGCAUGGACUGGAUGUAUGCCGCCUGCUCAACCACUGCUCGUCGUGGUGCCAUCGAUUGGUCCAGCAAGUUCAAGGACACCCUCAAGCCUGUCUUCAAUGAGCUGUACGACAGUGUGAAGGACGGCAAAGAGACCCAGCGCAGUCUGGACUACAACAGCCAGUCGAACUACCGUGAGUUGUACGAGAAGGAGAUGCAGGAGAUUCGUGAUCUUGAGAUCUGGCGUGCUGGCAAGGCUGUCCGCGGUCUCCGCCCCGAGAACAACUAG